AUGUAUGCUUUCGAAAAAAAAGAAGAAACUUAUUUCACCAAAGCUAUCUAUGCAUACGGGAUAAACAGGAAUAUAAAGAAUCCUUUUUAUUUAUUAGAGGAGAACUGCUUUUUCUACUGCAUAGGGACCAAUGGAGUCAUUCACUCACUUUCGGAGAAAAAACAAAAGUUCUUACUUAGCGAUGAAAGCAGUUACGGGAUAGUAUGUCUAGGGAUAAGUAAUGAUAGGAAGCUCCUAGUGCUAGGGGAGAGGUCCGUUAGGAAGCCUUUCCUUUCCAUAUACAACAAGAAUUCGAAACUGGUCAAAAGGUUAACCCUAGAAAUGGCAGACAAUGAAUGCACAAUUAUGCAUGUUGCCUUUUCCUCAAAAAAUAAAUAUUUGUAUUGCUUAACCAAUGGGAGCACCAAGAGCCUUUUCUUCUGUUACGACUGGCUACAGGAAAAGUUAAUGUUUUGCAAAAUUUUUUCGCCUUCCCUUUUUUGCGACUAUUGUGACAUUUGCUUGAACGUUCAGAAUUCGUCAUACAUUGCGCUGCUCUCGGUGUGCGCUGUGAAGAGCGGUGUGGGCAGUGAUGCGAUUGGCCAGGUGACUGCCGAUGGGACUGUCGAAGCCACUUUUAAUGGGACAGCCAAUUUAACUGCCAACGGGACAGCCAAUUUAACUGCCAACGGGACAGCCAAUUUAACUGCCGACGCGACUGCCAAUUUAACUGCCGAUUUAACUGCCGAUUACACCAACCGUGGCCAGCGCCAUAGGAAUACGACCCAGCAGAACAACCACGUCGAGGAAGGACAGAAGGCGGCGGGGGAAACACCCCCAGUGGGGCCAGCCACCCAGCGACACGUAUUCCUGUACCAUAAUGUCGAAAGAAACUUAGUAGAAAUAAAAAUAAAAAAUAAAAAACUGGACAAAAUUGACCGUAAUUUCACCAAUUGUUGUUGGCUAAGUGAUGGCGUUCUACUGCUAACGAACAAAAAUAAUCACCUCAUUUUUUACGAUGUUAAGAAGGAGAAAGUGAAGAUAUACAACAAGCAUUUGAGCAGCAGGGAGGUUGUAAAAGUGGCUUGUCUUUCGAGAGGAUUCCUCCUCUUCGAUUAUGAGGGUGUGCAUAUUUAUGAGAGAUCCCCUGAUCUGAGUACCAACAUGUGCUACUCAUUGAAGUAUUCCGCGCGAUUCAACUUCUCCGCCUUGAUGAAUGGCUACUGUUUGGUUUCCCCGUGUGAGAAAUUUUUGUAUUUCCUGGCUCAGGAUGGGAACUUGAAGAAGUUCGACAUGUGGAAGGGGAGGUGCAGCGGGGGGAGCAGAGGGAGUGGAGGCAAGGGCGAGGAAAAGAUCGCGCUAGAAGGGAGCACGUGGGACAACGAGCUGGCAGGGGAUAACCCCACCGGGUUGAAUGGGGAGCAAUCCACCAUAGAAGUGGACCGAUCCACCAUAGAUGCGGACCUCUUACCGACGGGUGAUGAGCACUCCCCGAUAGGAAGAGACCACUCCCCGGUAGAAACGGAUCACUCCCCGAUAGGAAUAGACCACUCCCCGGUAGAAAGAGACCACUGCCCCAUAGGAAUGGACCACUCCCCGCUUGACAUGGGGAGCCACCCCCCCUUCAAGAACUACGAGAAGCACGUCGAAACGGUGCUGGCGGACGUGAGUCCCGCGAAGAUAAACGACUUCGACGUGUGCAUGAAGCACCCCCUAAUCAUCCUAUGCUACGAUGACAACGUGAUAAAAAUAAUCAACUAUAAGAAGAAAGAAGUAGUGAUGUCCAACUCAUUUAACAACGAACCAUUGCAUUUGUCAAUUCACUGCUCAGGUCAUUUAUUGCUAGUGGCUUUCACAGAUAAACUGAGGCUAUUCCACAUCCUAUAUAAUAAGCUAAAAAUAAAAAAAGAAUUCUUUUUAAAAAAUUGUUCCUGCUGCAAAUUUUCCAACGGAGGGAGUUUCAUGGCAGUGUCUAAAAUAUCUACUAUUUAUAUAUACAAAACAUAUACGUACGAAUUGUUGUAUGUGUUAAAGUCUCAUGUGAAUUAUAUUACUGACUUGGUGUGGAGUUGCAACGACUUCUCUGUGUUCUCGAUUGGGAAGGAUGGAUACCUAUUUGAGUAUUCCCUAUACAAUAAUGGAAAUAAAAACAUGGAAGUAAUGCAGAAGGAGAAGAAAUUCUUAAGCAUAGAUUUGGAAAUUUUAAAUGAGAAAAAUAAAAAAAAGGAAGGCAAUAAAGAAAAUAGUGAUAUUAGUCCAAAUCAAGGGAAGUAUGGAAGUGAGUAUAAAAGCUUUAGUAACCUUCGAACAAAUGAAAUGAAAAAUGUUUACGUUUCUUGUGAUGAUAAAACUAUAAAACAAUUUUGUAAUUCUAAAGUGGAAUGUGUUUUGGAGUCAGAAUUUCUUGUGGAUAAAAUAUUGCUAUAUAAAAAUAAAUUUCUCAUUGCUUCUUAUUAUAAUGGUUUUUAUUGCAGAAUACGAUUUUAUGCUCUUCCUCUUUGUGGGUUGUUCUUGGAAAUUCCUUGCCACAUUUUGAACUGUGUUAAUUUGAAGCUAGAUGCAAAUAGGGAACUCCUUUUUAGCUGCUCAAGGGAUGGCUCAAUAUACAUCUUUUCGAUAGAAAAAAUGGACUCUUUUUUUUUGUUUCAAAAUAGUUCUUCUGCUUUAGGACAGGUCACAAAUACUGCUCAGGUUGGAAAUGUGGCCAAUGCUAAGAUGGAUGGUGAUCAGAAGGGAGGGGGCAAUUCGCAAAAGGGGCAACUCUUAAGCAGUGCCAAUGACACGACUGGUGUGUACAGCGAAGAGUUGGUGUCUAAGGGGGAACUGCUCAGAAGAACGGACGAUCCAAACGGAAGGGAAGGUCCUUCCAACGGGGACCUCCCCUCUACCGGAGCUACCACUGCGGAGAAGAAGUCAAUUCUGUCCGAUUUGAGCGCAGAAAGGGGGGACAACCGAAGCGGUGACAAUCGAAGCGGCGACAAUCGAAGCGGCGACAACCGAAGCGGUGACAACCGAAGCGGCAACAACCAAAGCGGUGCCAAUCGAAGCGGCGACAACCGAAGCGGUGACAACCAAAGAGGUGAUGGUCCACAUGGACCCAAGCAGAUGAGUAAAAUGAAAAAUAACUUUCUCAUAUAUGACCUAGAGAACAAAACUAACUAUGUGCUGAACGAGGAAGAAAAAGAAAGCGACGAUAUUCUGAUCGAUUUCUACUAUGUACAAAAAAAAAAUAAAGAAUUUUUGGAACUACAAAAAAAGAUUACAAAUCUGAAAAACCAAAUGGAACUAGAAAUGAAAAAUAGAGAAUCGAUUCACAAGUCGGAGAUGAACAAACUGGAUAAAGAAAAAAAUGUAGAAAUAAAAAAUUUGCUAAAAAUAAAUAAAAAUAUCAUCAAGGAAAAGGACAAAGUUGAGGAGACCUGUAAGAAAUCGCUGUACGAAUUGGAGGAAAAACACACCUAUUUUGUGAAUCAGCUAAAUGCCCAAUUUUAUUUAACGAACAAAAUAUGCGAGGAGAAAUUUUUGAAAAUCCAGGAAGAAUUCAAUUUAUAUAAAAAGAAAUCGACAGAGGAAAUCCUUGAGUUGAAAAAGGAGCACCAAAUGAAGGUGACACAACUGAGUGCACAAAAGGACGAGGAAGUGAAGAAAAAAAAUGAACUCGUAGAAAACCUUAAGGAGAGGUACGACAACCUGCAGAAGGAAAAAGAGGAGUACAUAAAACAGAUCGAGGAGGAUGUGGAUGAGGAGAUCCUUCUCAUAUCCCAGAAGUAUGAGCAGCAGAUUGCCGAGCUGAAGCAGGACAAGUACGACUUGCUGGGCAAGUUUAAGCUGUACGAGCAUAUAGAGGGCGAGCUCAAGGAGAGCAUUCAGCUCGAGAAGGAGAAGUUCGUCAAGAACAACAUCACUGCGAAGCGGCUGCAGGAGAGCAUUGACCACCUGAAGGGAGAGGUGAAGACUCUGAAGGAAAACCUCAUGGAAAAGGACGACGAAAUCGAGGGCAUGAACAAGGACAUGUCCAACUUGAACAAAAAAAAUGAAGAACUAGAAAAACUGAAAAUAGUUUUGUCACAAAAAAUAAAAGAUUUAGAGUCCAAUUUAUCCCCCAAAAAUUCAGAAAUAAAAAUUUUGAGAGAAAAAAUUGAAGAAAUGUCCAAGUGUUUUGAAAAUAAUCACAAAAAAACAGUUAACUUACAGAUUGAAAUUAACGAAUACAAAAUGAAGAUAAAAUCUUUGCAUGAUGAUUUGGUAUGUAACAAUAAAACGAUUGGAAAUUAUGAAAAAAUUCUGAAGAAUUUACAGGAGCAUAUUAAGGAGUGUUACUUGCACCUUCAUGAUAAGAAAAUCUUUAACGCCUCCUUCCUCAACUUGUACAAUAAAUUCCACAAGGUGAACGACGUGAAGAACUACGACACGAAAAAUGUGUUUUCUGAGUACUUGCGCCAGAAGGAACAUCUCGAGAAUAUGAUUGAGGUGUUGAAGGACAAACUGCAGAAGGAGUCGGCGGCGUUCCGCACGGAGAAAAUUAAGAUGAUGAAUGAGAAUUCGCUCCUCCUUAAGGAGAUUAACGAUUUGAAGGUGGACUUGAAUUUCCUCAAGGCGGAGUGCCACGACGCCAAGCUGAUGAAUCGGAAGAUCGAGUUUCUGCGCAAGUACAACAAGAAGGGGGGGGAGGGCAGCGCAACGAAGCAAGUUCCCCCGGAGGGGUAG